AUCUCACAAUUAAAAGCAUUACCUUAUAAAAGAAUAAAACUCGACGCCCCAACUCAUUGAGUCUUCAUUGGCAACUGAGUCUGUGAGUGAUAGUGUUGGAGAAAAUAAUAUAUAAUUAGUAUCUCUUUGUACCUGUCUUUGUAAUUCUCAUGGAAAAUCAAAUAAAGAUUUAUUGUUAAUAAUUAGGAGAAAAAAGAAAUAAAGUUUCGGGAAAAGAUGCGUCGGGAGAUCUUGAUUUUGUUACAACCUCGGUGCCUCCUUCUCUUGACUGCCCUCUCGAUUUUCUUCAUUUUCGCUUUCUCGGGAGCUAAGCGGGAAGAAGAGAAGGUUGUAGAAGAGGAGCAUGAAAUCACCGACAGAGUAUACUUGGAUGUUGAUAUUGAUGGCCAGCGUGUAGGUAGAAUCGUUAUUGGAUUGUAUGGUGAAGUUGUACCCAAAACUGUUGAAAAUUUCAGGGCUUUGUGUACAGGAGAGAAAGGCAAGGGUGCUCGGGGGAAAAGACUUCAUUAUAAGGGAACACCAUUCCACCGAAUAAUAUCUGGAUUCGUGGUUCAAGGAGGUGAUAUGAUUCAUGGUGAUGGAAGGGGAAGUGAGUCUAUAUAUGGUGGCACCUUUCGUGACGAGAGCUUUAAGAUAAAGCAUUCACAUUCAGGUGUAGUUUCCAUGGCUAAUACUGGACCUGAUUCCAAUGGCUCUCAAUUUUUUAUCACCACUGUCAAAGCCAGUUGGUUGGAUGGGGAGCACGUUGUUUUCGGUAAGGUUAUUCAGGGCAUGGAUAUUGUGUAUAUGAUCGAAGGGGGAGCCGGGACUUACAGCGGCAAACCUAGAAAGAAAGUCAUAAUCGCCGACUCGGGAGAGAUACCUAAGAACAAAUGGGAUGAGGAAACAUGAAGCUCCUGGUUAUAUAAAAACAAGAUAGAUUUUCUUUUUUGUGUUUUGACUUCGCUGAUUUCUUUCUAAUAUAAUCGAUUCAUAUUUUGCUCCAUU